AUGUAUGUUGAUGGAGUUGAUGUUGAGGAGGUGGGUGAGGAUUUUAGUAUGGUCCUGGAUAAAGUUGUCGACGGACCAGUGCCGGAUGUAGCACGGCGGAAGGAAGUGUUGAGCGACAUGGCGCGUCAAUUGAUUCAGAUUCUCAUUGUUUUAUCGAGGCAUCUCCGUGCCUCAGGAUUCGCGGGCAAUAUGAAAUUGCUCAUAUCGCCGCAACUUUCCGUACGAGCAACACAAAGACGAGGAUUGUAUGAAUUCAGCAACUCACAAUCAACAUGUCAAUGUCGACCGUUCUCAUCCACAACCACCAAACUCUCCAAACACCAUCACAAACCCUCAGACCCAGAAACCGAGUCCUCCCUUUCACAUAAAAUUCGCCUCCUAAUGCGCCGCAUCCCUCAUCCAGUCGCCAUCGUCACCGCGUACUCUUCUUCCUCCACAUCAACUACAAGACCAUCACCCCGAGGAAUGACAGUAUCAUCCUUCAACACAGUAACCCUCCACCCAAAACCAAUCAUAACCUUUAACGUACGGCAACCCUCCGAGACACUCGCGGCACUGCAAUCCUCAGGGCGAUUCCUGGUGCAUUUACUAGCUCCUACGACGACAAUGGCCAGAUUAGCGCGAAACUUUUCGAGGGGGAAUGUGAAUGUUGAAUUGGAUCGGUUUGAGUUUAUCGAAUUUGACUCUUUAAAGCAGGAUAGUAUCUCCAGUUCAGGCGAUAAUAAGACAUCUGAAAGGAUAUUACCACGGCUUAUUCGAAGGCGGAAUAAUGAUGAAGCGAAACAUGAUACUAAAGAAGAGGAGGAUUUCACGUUUAUACUUGAAUGUGAAUAUCUGCCUGAUAAGUCGGUACAGGUAUACGAUCAUAUGAUUGUGCUUGGGAAUGUGCAGAGGAUAUUAUCACCUGGCACAACUGGCGAUACUGCAUUGCAACAGGGACCAGAAGCGUCGCGACAUACGAAAGAGGAUUUCUGCCUGAUGUAUGCCGAUACCCGGUUCUGGGAGAUGGGCGAGGAGGCAUGA